GUUUUGUCGUAAUUUCCCCUGUCGUUUUAUUUCCUUUGUCUCUCCCCCACUCCCUUCCCCUUCCCCCCCGAAACCCUGAUCGUGAAUAACAAUAACAAAAAAAUAAAAACGUGUUUUUAGAUCAGAAGGGACGUUGGUUUAGGGCGGCGGCGACCUAAAGCGCGUUGAAUUAUCGGACGUUCCGUUGAGACGUGAAGCGGCGGAAUUGUUUUUCCGUUGGGAGGAAGAGGGGCGGCUUUUUUUUUUUGUUGAUGUUUUUGAUGGGCGAUCUCCGAGAUUGGUCGCCUGAACCAAACGGCGUCUCGUCAAGAGACAGGUAUUCAUCGUCAUCAUCUUCAUCAUCGAAUCAAGCGGGGAUUAGUGCGGAGUAUUGGAGAAAAGCCGAGGAAGCAACGCAGGGGAUCAUAGCCCGUGUCCAGCCAACUGUUGUUUCCGAAGAGAGGAGAAAAGCGGUUAUCGAUUACGUUCAGAGAUUAAUUAGAAAUUAUCUUGGUUGUGAGGUAUUUCCAUUUGGGUCAGUGCCCUUGAAGACCUAUCUUCCUGAUGGAGAUAUUGACUUGACAGCCUUCGGUGGCUUAAACUUUGAGGAGGCUCUGGCAAAUGAUGCUUGUUCUGUCCUUGAAAGAGAAGAUCGUAACACUGCUGCUGAGUUUGUGGUGAAGGAUGUUCAAUUAAUUCGGGCAGAGGUUAAGCUUGUAAAGUGUUUAGUGCAGAAUAUUGUGGUGGAUAUCUCAUUCAAUCAAUUAGGAGGGCUAUGCACCUUGUGCUUUCUUGAGCAGGUUGAUCGUCUUAUCGGACAAGAUCAUCUAUUUAAACGUAGUAUUAUACUUAUCAAGGCUUGGUGCUACUAUGAGAGUCGUAUUCUGGGGGCUCAUCAUGGCUUGAUUUCUACCUAUGGUUUGGAGACUUUGGUGCUGUACAUUUUCCAUCUAUUCCAUUCAUCCCUAGAUGGCCCUUUGGCGGUUCUGUAUAAGUUUUUGGAUUACUUUAGCAAAUUUGAUUGGGAAAAUUACUGCAUUAGUUUAAAUGGUCCAAUCCCUAUAUCCUCCCUACCAGAUAUUGUGGUUGAGACGCCUGAAAAUGGUGGGGGAGAUUUGCUGCUUAGCAAUGAUUUUCUCAGGGAAUGUGUGGAAACAUUUUCAGUUCCAUCAAGGGGAUUUGACGCUAAUUCACGCAUAUUCCCUCAAAAGCAUCUAAAUAUAGUAGAUCCUCUAAAAGAAAACAAUAAUCUUGGUCGCAGUGUGAGCAAAGGGAACUUUUACCGAAUAAGAAGCGCUUUCACUUAUGGGGCUCGGAAGCUAGGGCAGAUUCUUUCCCAGUCUGAAGAAACCCUAGGAGAUGAACUUCAUAAGUUUUUCUCGAACACUCUGGAUAGGCAUGGAAAUGGACAGAGGCCUGACGUUCAAGAUCCUGCUCCAUUGUCUAGAUUCAGAGGACUUGGUGCAACACCAUCAGUGUCAGGUACAGAGUCAUGUCAAGAAGAUCAAAACUUUUAUGAAUCAGAAUCUUCAAAUUCAAGUACUGUGACUGGAAAUUAUAGAUCUUCUGAUAAUGAGGGGUCAUUGUACAAAGUCUAUAAUGGUAAUAUGUCUGAGAGGGAAACAGAUGUUGGUAUAACCUUUAAGGAGCCACAGGGUUCUGCAAAUGCAUCAAGUAUUUCACAAAUCCGUCUCACAGGGGAUGCUAAAGACCUGGCAACCUCCAGAAUUCAAGGUCUUGUAAUUUCAAAUGAUGCACAUAAAUCUUGCCCUCCAAAUGCAGCGGACGUUUUUCCCUCAGGUACUGUAAGGCAUGCACCUCAUCUCUAUUUUUGUAACUCGUCUUUGGAUAAUGGAGAGAUAAGAAAUGGAAAUGUGGAGUGCAAACAGUCUGAAAAUUCUGUUUUGUCUGAAGAGAAUGCGACUUCUGGUAUUCUUGGUGAAAGCAGUGAGAAGAUGGGUGCUGAUGUACAUGGUGAUCACAGUGAGAAUCUGUCGGUUUCUAGUAGAGGGGUUCCGUCCCCUGUUGGGCCGAAGAAUCAUCCAUUGAGUUUGAAAUCUGCUUGGUCAUCUGAGGAUCUAUAUCCUGGGUAUUCUAGUAAUCCAGCUUCAUGUAGUGCUGCUCCAAGUCGGGAACUUUUGAGCUCAUUGUCUGAUCUCUGUGGGGAUUACGAUGCUAACAUACGCAGUUUGAGUUAUGGCCAGUGGUGGUUUGACUAUGCCUUUAGUGCAGCUGUUCCUCCAAUGUCUUCACCUUUGGUUUCUCAGUUCCAGAGCAAGAACUCAUGGGAUGUAGUACGCAAGUCAGGGCAGUUCAGGCGAAAUGCAAUUUCCCCAAUGAAUACCAACGGUGGUGUCCCUCGACAAGCCUACUAUCCUAUUAACCCUCCAGUUCUACAUGGUUCUGGCUUCGGAAUAGAAGAAAUGCCAAAGCCUCGAGGAACAGGGACAUACUUCCCCAAUCCCAAUACGAACUAUUACAAGGAUAGGUCCUUGACAGCAAGGGGAAGGAAUCCAGCAUCGGCAAGAUCUCCUCGCAACAAUGGCCGUGCCAUUACGUCCCCAGAGCCAAAUUCACCAGAGAGAAAUAACCGUGAGGUGGCACAAAUGCAUUCCGUAAAUCAGGGUGUUGGAAAAUCAGGGUCAUCGGAACUCCGCCACUCUGGUUCUGAAAAAGCAUUAUCCCCUAAUUCCAAUGGCUCAAUGCAUCAACCAGACAGGCUUGUAGAAUUCGGGUCAAUGAGGGCCCUACCUUUGGUGCCAACCUUUACAGAAACUGGCAAGCCGCAUAAUCCAGGAUCUCCUAACGCUCAAAACUCAACUGGAAUGGAAAGGCUAAAAUCAGCCGCGAGCAUGGAUCAAGACAGGAUACUUGUACAAUCAUUCCAUUUAAAAAACGAAGAAGAUUUCCCUCCUUUAUCCAUCUGAAAAUCGCCGAAGAAUAGAGACAGGUAAAAACUCUAACAAAAGCCACAAAGCCUGAGCCCUCAGCUCGUGUGAAUAUUGCUCUCGGAAUAUAGCCAUAUUCCGAAGCUCGUUUACAUGUAUGGAGUUUGAUUAGUUUUUGUGUGGUUCAAAGGCGUAUAAUGUACAUUUCAACUAAUUUUAUUUUGGUCCCUUUUUAAAUCUGGUCGUAGCUGUACUUUUUAUAGUGAGUUAUUGAUGUAUAGGAUUGUUGAAUUAUGCCUUCUCUUUUGUUGUUAAUUUUGCCCAGGUUUUGAUAUCUUUGCCACUGGUUUUCUGGCAAAGAAAAAAAAGUAUAGAAACAGAUAUUGUUAUUGCUCAUUGUUGAUGUAACUUUAUACUGUCAAAUAGUCUUCUUUUAGCUGUC